AUGAUGCUGCUGAAGGUCCUCCAGAGCGUUCUGCUCGUCUGUGUGACGGCCGGCGAGGACUUUGACUGGACCAAGAACGAGAAGACGUCCUUCUACUACGCCACCUUCCCCACAGGUGAGACCGCGGCGACCACGACGACGACAGGUACGCCGUGAAAACCCGCUGACCUCUGACCUCCUCCGCAGGUUUCUCCUGGGGCGCCGGCAGCUCCGCCUAUCAGACCGAAGGAGCGUGGAACGUCGACGGGAAAGGAGCGAGCAUCUGGGACGCCUUCGCUCACAAGGCGGGAAAAAUCUUCCUGAACGGGACGGGAGACGCCUCCUGUGAGGGGUACUACAAAUUUAAGGUGAGGAGGAGGAGGAGGAGGAGGAGAGGAGAGGAGGAGAGAGGGAGAGAGGGAGGAGAGAGGGAGAGAGGGAGGAGAGAGGGAGAGAGGGAGGAGAGAGGGGAGGAGGAGGAGAGAGGGAGAAGGAGAGGAGAGGAGGAGACGCCUCCUGUGAGGGGUACUACAAAUUCAAGGUGAGGAGGAGGAGGAGGAGGAGCGGGAGGAGGGGGAGAGAGGGAGGAGGAGGAGGAGGAGGUGUGGGAGGAGGGGGAGAGAGGGAGGAGGAGGAGCAGGGGGAGAGAGGGAGAAGGAAGAGGAGGAGACGCCUCCUGUGAGGGGUACUACAAAUUCAAGGUGAGGAGGAGGAGAGGAGGAGGUGCAGGAGGAGGGGGAGAGAGGGAGGAGGAGGAGGAGGAGGUGUGGGAGGAGGGGGAGAGAGGGAGGAGGAGGAGCAGGGGGAGAGAGGGAGAAGGAAGAGGAGGAGACGCCUCCUGUGAGGGUUACUACAGAUUUAAGGUGAGGAGGAGGAGGAGGAGGUGCAGGAGGAGGAGAGGGAGGAGGAGGAGGAGACGCCUCCUGUGAGGGGUACUACAGAUUUAAGGUGAGGAGGAGGAGGAGGAGCAGGAGGAGGAGGAGAGAGGGAGAAGGAGGAGGAGACGCCUCCUGUGAGGGGUACUACAGAUUUAAGGUGAGGAGGAGGAGGAGCGGGAGAGAGGGAGGAGGAGAGGAGGAGAGAGGGAGAAGGAGAGGAGAGGAGGAGACGCCUCCUGUGAGGGGUACUACAAAUUUAAGGUGAGGAGGAGGAGGAGGAGGAGCGGGAGGGGGGAGGAGGAGGAGACAGGGAGGAGGAGGAGGAGAGGAGGAGAGGAAGGAGGAGGAGGAGACGGGGGGGAGGAGGAGGAGAGGAGGAGACAAGGAGGAGGAGGAGGAGAGGAGGAGACGCCUCCUGUGAGGGGUACUACAAAUUUAAGGUGAGGAGGAGGAGGAGGAGGAGCGGGAGGGGGGAGGAGGAGGAGAGGAGGAGAGGAAGGAGGAGGAGGAGACGGGGGGGAGGAGGAGGAGAGGAGGAGACAAGGAGGAGGAGGAGGACAGGAGGAGACGCCUCCUGUGAGGGGUACUACAAAUUUAAGGUGAGGAGGAGGAGGAGGAGGAGCGGGAGGAGGGGGAGGAGAGAGGGGGAGGAGGAGAGGAGAGGAGGAGACGCCUCCUGUGAGGGGUACUACAAAUUUAAGGUGAGGAGGAGGAGAGGAGGAGGAGGAGGAGGAGGAGACGCCUCCUGUGAGGGGUACUACAAAUUUAAGGUGAGGAGGAGGUGCGGGAGGAGGGGGAGGAGGGGGAGGAGGAGAGAGGGAGGAGGAGGAGGAGAGAGGGGGGAGGAGGAGGAGGAGAGAGGGAGAAGGAGAGGAGAGGAGGAGAGAGGGAGGAGGAGAGGGAGAAGGAGAGGAGAGGAGGAGAGGAGGAGAUGCCUCCUGUGAGGGGUACUACAAAUUUAAGGUGAGGAGGAGGAGAGGAGGAGGAGGAGGAGGAGGAGACGCCUCCUGUGAGGGGUACUACAAAUUUAAGGUGAGGAGGAGGAGAGGAGGAGGAGGAGAGAGGGAGGAGAGAGGGAGGAAGGGAGAGAGGGAGGAGGGGAGGAGAGGGAGAAGGAGAGGAGAGGAGGAGAUGCCUCCUGUGAGGAGUACUACAAAUUUAAGGUGAGGAGGAGGAGAGGAGGAGGAGCGGGAGGAGGAGGAAAUGGGAGGAGGAGGAACAGGAGGAGGAGAGGAGGGGACGAGGAGGAGCGGGAGGAGGAGGAAAUGGGAGGAGGAGGAACAGGAGGAGGAGGAGAGGAGGAGGAGAGGAGGAGGAGGAAAGUGGAGGAGGAGAGGAGGAACAGGAGGAGGAGGAGAGGAGGAACAGGAGGAGGAGGAGAGGAAGAACAGGAGGAGGAGGAGAGGAGGAACGGGAGGAGGAGGAGAGGAGGAACAGGAGGUGGAGGAGAGGAAGAACAGGAGGAGGAGAGGAGGAGCGGGAGGAGGAGGAGAGGAAGAACAGGAGGAGGAGGAGAGGAGGAACGGGAGGAGGAGGAGAGGAGGAACAGGAGGUGGAGGAGAGGAAGAACAGGAGGAGGAGAGGAGGAGCGGGAGGAGGAGGCUAUAAACUCCAAAAGAAAAAGUUCAAAGUUGAACCAAAACUUUCGAUCAAAUACAGUCAAAAACCUCCUCUUCCUCUCCUCCUCUCCUGUCCUCCUGCUCCUCCUCUUCCUCUCCUCCUCUCCUGUUCCUCUUUCUGCUCCUCUUCUCUCCUCAUUCUUCCUCUUUCUAUCUUUUCUCUGUCGUUCCCAUAGACUGUAUCUAGAACAGACACCGUCUGUCUUCUCCUCUCUCUGAGAACAGCGCCCUCUGGUGACGGGCUGCAGUAUAGGUCCUAAACCCCGCCUCCUUAUGGAGCUGUGGACAAACUUUAUAAAUGAAUGACACAGAAUAUAAAUGUUUCUCCCCCCUGGUUGUGAUGUUGACAUGUAGUUACUGUCAGACUGGUUUGUGCUCAAGUCCUCUUUUUUCUGUACAGCUCCAUUUUAAAAGUUAUUAGGGGGUUCAUGUUUGCUAUGAUUGACACCUGAUACAGCCAAUGGGAGGACAGAGAUUGAGUAGAUCACCGGGGGAUACGCUGUUUGAGCCGAGCGUCAUCACAGAGACUCUCCUGCUGAAUAAGAACAACGUUUCUGAACAAUGUUGGUUUGAGGAAGUGGAGAAAAAACUUUUCAGCUUCAGAUCUUUAAACUGGAGGAACAGAGGAGUCCAGAGGAGAGACAGUCUGUGGUCGUUCCUCCUCUCUUAUCUUUGAAAGGACAAUGUAGACCUCCUCCUGCUCCUCUCCUCCUCUCUCUUCUCCUCUCUCCUCCUCCCUCCUCGUUUCUCCUCCUCUCUCCUCCUUGUUCCUGACUCGUUCCUCCUCUCUUGUCUCUGACAGGACGACGUGAACCUGAUGAAGGACAUGAAGUUGAAUCAUUACCGUUUCUCCUCCCCUCUCCUCCUCUCUCUUCUCUCCUCCUCUCCUCUCUCUUCUCUCCUCUCUCCUCGUUUCUCCUCCUCUCUCCUCCUUGUUCCUGACUCGUUCCUCCUCUCUUGUCUCUGACAGGACGACGUGAACCUGAUGAAGGACAUGAAGUUGAAUCAUUACCGUUUCUCCUCCUCUCUCUCCUCCUCUCUCCUCCUCUCCUCCUCUCUCUUCUCUCCUCUCUCCUCCUCUCUCCUUGUUUCUCCUCCUCUCUCCUCCUCUCUCCUCCUCGUUUCUCCUCCUUGUUCCUGACUUGUUCCUCCUCUCUUGUCUCUGACAGGACGACGUGAACCUGAUGAAGGACAUGAAGUUGAAUCAUUACCGUUUCUCCAUCUCCUGGCCGAGGCUCCUCCCCACUGGACUAAAAAGUAACCCGGUUUUUCAGACCCGGACUCUGGGUUCUUGUGGACCGUCUCUGGUUCUGGUUUGUUUGACAUGGUUCUGACUGUUUUUGUUUUUGUUCAGGUGAGCGGAUCAAUGAGAAAGGGAUCAAAUAUUAUGAUGAUCUGAUCAACCUGCUGCUGGACAACAAGAUCACACCUGUGGUUACCCUGUACCACUGGGAUCUACCUCAGGUCAGAACUUUCUCCAUGGGUCUGGCUCGGUCUAAUUCCUGGACACUAAGACUGUUUUCCUCCUCAGGUCUUACAGGAGAAAUAUGGCGGCUGGCAGAACGUCUCCAUGGUUACCUACUUCAACGAUUUCGCCAACCUUUGCUUUGAGAGGUUUGGAAACCGAGUCAAAUACUGGAUCACCUUCAACAACCCCUGGGUACGUGACCGAAGCGGGCCGACGGUGCGUUCACUGUCCUGUAGGAAAACAGAGCUUUCAGCUGAAUGUGUGUGUGUGUGUGUGUGUGUGUGUGUGUGUGUGUGUGUGUGUGUGUGUGUGUGUGAGUGUGUGUGUUUUCAGUCUGUCGCAGUGGAGGGCUACGAGACAGGUGAACACGCACCUGGACUGAAGCUGAGGGGAGCAGGAGCCUACAGAGCAGCUCACCACAUCAUCAAGGUAAACCCGGGUCUGGGUUUUUACAGGACCCACUCAGGCCGGGUCUUCUGGGCAGUUCUGGACCAACAAAGACUUUGGCAGUGACUGAAUGACCCGACACUGUGACCCCGUCCAGAACUUUUUACCCCUUUAUUACGAUUAUAAUGAUGAUGAUGAUGAUUAUUGGUAUUAUUAUCGUUAUUAUUAUUAUUAUUAUUAUUAUUAUUAUUGUCGUUAUUAUUAUUAUUAUUAUUAUUAUUAUUAUUAUUAUUAUUAUUAUUAUUAUUAUCGUUAUUAUUAUUAUUAUUAUCGUUAUUAUCGUUAUUAUUAUUGUUAUUGUCGUUAUUAUUAUUAUUAUUAUUAUUACUAUUAUUAUUAUUAUUAUUGUCGUUAUUAUUAUUGUUAUCAUUAUUAUUAUUAUUAUUAUUAUUAUUAUUAUUAUUAUUAUUAUUAUUAUUAUCGUUAUUAUUAUUUUUAUUAUUAUCGUUAUUAUUAUUAUUAUCGUUAUUAUUAUUGUUAUUAUUAUUAUUAUUAUUAUUAUCGUUAUUAUAAUUAUUAUUGUUAUUAUUAUCGUUAUUAUUAUUAUUGUUUUUAUUGUUUUCAUUACACACUGACUCUUCUUAUUGUUCCAGUGACUAAAUCUCUGACUCUCCUUAUUGAUCGUUGAUAUGUUUGAAUAUUUGAUCUUCUCUGUUUGUCAAACAGGCGCACGCCAAAGUCUGGCACACGUAUGACACUCAGUGGCGGAGCAAACAGAAAGGUGAGAGAGACGCUGAUAGACUUUAGUUCUUGUGUCUUCAGAGGAAAAGGUUCUGAGUCUCUGAGUUUGGGUCGGUGUGUCUGCAGGUCUGGUCGGGAUCUCGCUAACAGCUGAUUGGGGGGAACCGGUGGACAUCACCAACCAGAGGGACAUCGAAGCAGCAGAGAGAUACAUCCAGUUCUACCUGGGAUGGUUCGCCACGCCCAUCUUCAACGGGGAUUACCCGCAGGUCAUGAAAGAUUACAUUGGUACGUCGGAGUUUAACCGGCUCUGAGUUCUCUGGGUCAUAGUUCUGGACUCAGUUAGGGUUUGGACCGAUCAUGUUCAGAGUAACAAUUAAUUAUUAUUAUUAUUAUUAUUAAAACAAUAAUAAUAAUAAUAAUUAUUAUUAUUAUAAUAACAAUAAUAAUAAUAAUAAUAAUAAUAAUAAUAAUUAUUAUUAUUAUUAUUAUUAUUAUUAUUAUUAUUAUUAUUAUUAUUAUUAUAACAAUAAUAAUAAUAAUAAUAAUAAUAAUAAUAAUAAUGAUAAUAUAAUAAUAACAAUAAUAAUAACAACAAUAAUAAUAAUAAUAACAAUAAUAAUAAUAAUGAUAAUAAUGAUAAUAAUUACAAUAAUAAUAAUAAUAAUUACAAUAAUAACAAUAAUAAUAAUAACAAUAACAAUAAUAACAAUAAUAAUAAUGAUAAUAAUGAUAAUAAUUACAAUAAUAAUAAUAAUUACAAUAAUAAUAAUAACAAUAACAAUAAUAACAAUAAUAAUAAUAAUGAUAAUAAUGAUAAUAAUUACAAUAAUAAUAAUAAUUACAAUAAUAACAAUAAUAAUAAUAAUAAUAACAAUAAUAAUAAUAAUGAUAAUAAUUACAAUAAUAAUAAUAAUAAUAAUAACAAUAAUAAUAAUAAUGAUAAUAAUGAUAAUAAUUACAAUAAUAAUAAUAAUAAUUACAAUAAUAACAAUAACAAUAAUGACAAUAACAAUCAUAAAAAGGUUAUCAUUUAUCAGAGAGAUCUUCAUGAACCCAGUCCUCUGUGUAACACAGAUUCUGCUAAAGUGAAAUAAAGGUGAACGUCUGCAGUGAGACGCAGACUCACUGAUGAAUGACAGUAAAUCGUUCUCAUCUUCAGGUCGGGUCUCAAUAAUUCAUGUCAGAUUUAGUUUCUGUAAAAACCUGAGAGGGUUUUUUAAAACACUCUUGUCGUCUGGAUGAUUGAGUGUAUCUUGUGUUUUUUGUGUAUUUGUUGUUUUUGUUGUUCAGGCAGGAAGAGCGGUCAGCAGGGUCUGGGAGCUUCUCGGCUGCCUGUCUUCUCGCCUCAGGAGAAGACUUAUAUAAAGGGGACAUGUGACUUCCUGGGUCUCGGACACUUCACCACUCGCUACGUCACCCUGAAGAAUUACCCGUCCGGCGCCGGAGACAGCUACUUCACAGACCGAGACCUGGUGGAGCUCGUCGACCCACAUUGGCCUGAUCCUGGUUCUGAAUGGCUCUACUCUGUCCCCUGGGGCUUCAGACGCUUAUUGAACUUUGUCAAGGUACUGACCCAAAACUGACCCAAUAUAGUAUAAUAAUAUAUAAUAUAAUAUAACAUAACAUAACGUAAUAUAAUAUAAUACAACACUAUAUCAUAUUAUAUUAUAUUAUAUUGUAUUAUAUUAUAUUAUAUUAUAUUGUAUUAUAUUAUAUUAUAUUAUAUUAUAUUAUAUUGUAUUAUAUUAUAUUAUAUUAUAUUAUAUUAUAUUAUAUUAUAUUGUAUUAUAUUAUAUUGUAUUAUAUUAUAUUAUAUUAUAUUAUAUUAUAUUAUAUUGUAUUAUAUUAUAUUAUAUUAUAUUAUAUUAUAUUGUAUUAUAUUAUAUUAUAUUGUAUUAUAUUAUAUUAUAUUAUAUUAUAUUGUAUUAUAUUAUAUUAUAUUAUAUUAUAUUAUAUUGUAUUAUAUUAUAUUAUAUUAUAUGAUAUUAUAUUAUAUUGUAUUAUAUUAUAUUGUAUUGUAUUAUAUUAUAUUAUAUUAUAUUAUAUUGUAUUAUAUUAUAUUAGAUUAUAUUAUAUUAUAUUUUAUUAUAUUAUAUUAUAUUAUAUUAUAUUAUAUUAUAUUGUAUUAUAUUAUAUUAUAUUAUAUUAUAUUAUAUUGUAUUAUAUUAUAUUAUAUUAUAUUAUAUUAUAUUAUAUUAUGUAUAAAUCCUAAAAAGAGACUCUGGUUUGAUUCCGACUGUUUUAAUAAUCCAGACCUGAUGUCAAAGAUCCGUACUUUAAGACGAUAAAAACAGGACUGGACCGGUUUAGUGCUGCUAUGACAGGUCUAACGUGGUCCACCAGAAACCCAGCAGGGGUCAGGGUUUGUCUGCUGGACCCCGAUUAUCAGGACUUCAGAUUUACUGAAGGACUCACCAAAGGAGUCCCCUUUAUGCGCCCCAGGGGGACGCAUGUAGAAAACAAACAGACCCAGAAAUGACCCCUGGGGGACACCGUACUCAACCAAGGAAUAUGAAGACAUGGUUCUUUACAGCAACACAAAACUGGAUCCAGAUCCGGUUUCUUCAACAGGGGGGUCACAUACAGGGUCCAGGGACCUGGAGUACCUGGACCAAAACCUGAGACCAGCUGGUGGACGCUCAUGUGGACCAAAGUUCUGAUUGUUUAAUAUUAUGAAUGUUUGUACAUGGAUGUGACAGUCCAAGCUUGUUGUUAUCAGAGUGAAUGUAAAACCCGGUCUCUCUCACAGACUCAGUACGGGAACCCGAUGAUCUACGUGACGGAGAACGGCGUUUCUGAAAAGGUUCUCUGUACAGACCUGUGCGACGACUGGAGGAUGCAGUACUUCAGAGAGUACAUCAACGAACUGCUCAAAGGUUAAAAAAAAACAAACAGGAUCAUAUCGAAUAUUGGAGUCUGAGUUCGUCCUGAUUUAUGGGACUAAAAACAGGAUCUGACUUUUGUCUCUGUUGACUUCACAGCGGUUAAAGAUGGCGUGAACGUGAAGGGUUACACGGCCUGGUCUCUCCUGGAUAACUUCGAGUGGGAUGAAGGUUACUCUGAGCGGUUUGGACUUUACUACGUGGACUUCAGGAACAAAAAUAAACCACGGUACCCGAAGGCCUCAGUGCAGUUCUACAAACGGAUCAUCAGCUCAAACGGAUUCCCCAAUCAGAGAGAGGUAGAGACGCCGUUCCUGUGAAAUCCUCGGACUGUUCAGAGUCGGUCCGAUCAUCACGAGUUUGUUGUUGUUUUGUGAUUCCAGGUGGAAAGUUGGAAGAGGAAAUCUGUGGAGACGUGUUCCACCAGUAACCAGCUCCUGGCUGCAGGUGAGUCCAGACUAAUGUUGGAGGCGUAGGUUCUGUUGAGGCGGUCGGGGUCAAACAAAGAAAAAUUCUGUGUUCAGCUUCUUCUUCUUCUCUAACAGAGUUUUUCUUUGUUUGCCCCCCCAGCUAGAAGACAGUCCCUGCAGGGAAAUCACGAACAUGCAGGGAAGUCUUGGCCUGUGCAUGAUGAAGUUUAGGUACUAAAGUGGAUCUUUGACAAAAACAGCUGAAGGUCCAACAGGUCAUGUGAUCUCUGUUUACAGAUGUGAUCAUCCAAAUGUGGAUCCAGGACUCCUGGGUCUGGAUUUUAGUCUAAGAAGGGUUCUGGUUUCUGUUGAUCUUGUUUACAGUGAAACUGAGACAAAGUAAAACCUCUGUGUCACAGGAAGUCAGUGUGACGCCUCAGCAUCACUUCCUGUUACAAACUCACCCUCCACACUUGUGUGUUUCAGACCCGCUGAUCGGCCACAUGGAGAUGGUGACGGAGAUCGUAGUUCCCACCGUCUGCACGCUCUGCAUCCUCAUCAGUGCGGUCUUUCUCAUGUUCCUGCUGCGUGGACGAGUCUGAAAACACACACACUCACACACACACACACACACACGCACACACACACACACACACACACACACACACACACACACUAAUGAAUCUGAGAGUGAUUAUUUUAUUAUUUUAAAGCUGUAAAUCUUCCUCCCGUCUGAAGCUUCGUGUUUAUUUCACUGUCUUGCUGUUUUUCUGUUUUCAAUCAUCAGGUUGAUUCUGAUUUUAAAAAGUUAGUUUCAUUCAAGUUUGAAACAUUUCUAUGAUAUUUGAGAUGAUUUCUUGUGGACAGACCGGUCUUGUGUGGUUUUUGAAGCUCCAUAGAUGCUCUAAGGAAAUGCAGGUAGAUGAUUUUUUUGUCAAAGUUUGUAUAAAUAAAGUUAAAAAGAGCGGCAGAGUGAAACUGUUGUACUCUGUGGAUCAAAAACUUCAAAUAAAACAUUUUUAAAUCUGAAACUUUUCUACUGUUUUUAUUCAAAAUAAAAAAUAAAAAAUUAUUGGCGUAAACAAGCAUAAAAAAGUAUUGAGAGAUGGGCUAAAGUUGGAAAAGGUUCCUAACUCUGAUGACUUAAGGGUUCUUAGACACAAGUGUUCACGUGGAAAAACAUUUCACAAACUGAAUUUAAAAACACUGAAAUCUUUUAACUGUUAGUCCAGUUAUCUCAAAUUUAACAUUAAUAAAGUUUUCCAUAAAAAAAGGUUCUAAUAUAAAACUUUGUUCUUUUAACUUUUUAUUGUUUUAAUUAAAAUAAAUGUUCAUAUUUGACCGACAGAGAAACUAACUGUUAAAAUUUAAUCUCAUAAAUUUACCGAGAGAGUUUAUAAGACAGGACUCUCUUAGUUUACAGUUUAUAUUUGAGUGUUUCUGUUAUUUUCUAUAAAUUCAGUCAAAAAGGAUUAAUCUAAUUUAUAUUUAAAUUCAUUUGUAUUUAUUGAUUAACGUCACCUACGUUGUUGACUCACCAUAUAUUAUUUUUAAAUAUCAUUCUGACAAUAAAACAUGAUUUUUUUUGUUUGUUUUUUUUAAGUAUUUUAGAAAUAUGUUUCUUUUAUUUUUUUUACCUCAAAGAUCAAACAUCAUUGGACCAAAUUUCAUAUCUGUGAAUUCAUGAAUACUUGUCUACUGUUGUAUUAUAUAAUCAUUGUUUUGUAUAAAUGUUAUUUUUAAAAAAAUCAAAAAUCGGUUCAAUUUUAUUUAUGUCGGACUUUUAUUUUGAAAGGAAAGGCUGUAGCGGAAGUUAAUUUGUCAGUUUCCUGUCUGCUUAUUUCCUCUCGGUGGGUCAGUUCCUGACGGGUAAGAGACAGAAAAGUCGUUUUUUCUUGAACUUUAUGUCGUUUUCCACUCGUUUUUAUGAUCAAAUGUCCUGUUGGCUGAAAUGCAGAGUCACGUUUGGUCCUUAAUGAGUCGUUAGAAGUUAGCUAACUUUAAAGUAGCAUUAACUUAGCAGCGCGGUGUUAAAGAACUAUAAAGACUAAUUUAGUGAAUAAUUUCAGAUCGAGCAGCUUUAAAAGAAGGAGCCGGAGAUUCUCUAAACAACACUGACGAGGAUUAUAUCGUGGUGCUGCUUAAAUAAUGAGAUUUAAUGAGAAUUAUUAAAGAGUCUCUCAUCAGUGUUCGAGUUUCCCGCCUUCUUCUUCUUCCUGCUGCUGUGACGUAGUCAGUGACUAAAAUGUCUCCGCCCACAUUUUCCUCUGAGUUGUAACCAUGGAGACCGAGUUAAAGACACAGUGAGUGAUAUCUGCCCAUGAAGCUGAUUGAUUAUUGACUGAACAGACUAAUUUAUGAAGUUAUUUUAGUUUUAUUAACAAAACAGCAGAAGCUUUAAAAUAAAAAUAAUAAGUUUAUAUAAAAAAAACCAAAACUGAAGUGAAAAUGAUGGAAUAAGAGUUCAGACAGUAGAGAGUCGAUCUGCUGCUGAGAAAUUAAAGUUUUAAUCAGAGUUUAAUGUUUUUGUAACAAAUACAACAAAAUUAAAGUCUUUACAGUCAGAGCAUCAAAAAGGGACAAUAAAACAUGAGACAAUAAAACAUCAGACAAUAAACCAGAAUUAAAACUACAGAGACAGAAACACGUCAUCAGGCUGUCAUGGAGGAGGGGAUCAGCUGUUCGUCUUUUUGUCCGGACUUUGACUUUGAGGGUCCGGACUUUGACGGUCCUGUACGGUCUGCCUGAAGGGUCAGAGAGGGGGUGGUCCGGGUGGGAUGAGUCCUCCAUGAUGUUGGUGUCUCUCCUGAGGCAGUUAGAUCUGUGAAGGUCCUCCAGAGUGGACACAGAUCACCUGAUGACCUUCUCAUCCGUCCUGGUGACCCUCUGGAGGUCGUUUGUUCGUUUGUUUGUUUAAAGUCACUGCUUUUCUCUUGAACCUUCGACUUUAACUCGUGUUUAAGUUUCUGAUUUGACUUUAUGAACGAGUGUUUUCAGGACAGAAUGAGUCAAAAAUCUGGAUUAGAAUUCAAAUAUUCAAAUAAUCUUCUAAAAUGAAUCUUUCCUGUCAAACAGAAAAACUUUUAAACGUUUUUAGAUCGUCUGUUUAAACCAUGAGACCCUCAAAUAAAAACUGUUGUUGAGUUUUUCUGGAUUUCUGCACAAACAUGAAAAAAAAAAAAAAACUUAAAAAAAACGUGAAAAAACAAACUUAAAAACAAACUUAAAUCUGUUAAAUUGAUGAAAUCAAACAAACUUAAAUCUGUUUGUUAAACUGACUGAACUUCUUCUUUUAGAGAUUUUCCGGUUUUGAUCACAGGAAUCUAACGGAGCUGGAGGUCAGGAUGGUCGACCCGCAGGAGGACGGUCCGGACUACGACGGCUUCGAGGAUGAAGCUUUCCCUCCUCUGCCUCCCCCCCACUCCCCGGGUCAGGGGGGAGGAGACGACGGAGACCACUUAGGUAAGGGGUUCAAGUGUUUGGACCACUGAUGUUCAGAAGAACCUUGAGAUGGAGCUGAAUCUGUUUUUAGAACGACUGAAGGUUUUCUGACGUCACUUUCACACCGGUCCUGGUCCUGGUCCUGGUCCUGGUCCUGGUCCCGGUCCCGGUCCCGGUGUUGUUUCUGUUUGAUGCAGACGGAGAAAACGGCGAGGUGUCCCAGCUGGUCGAUGUUCCUGCUGCUAAAAGGAAAGGAGUGAAGAGACCGCAACCCAAGCUGGACUCUCAGAGGUCCGGUAUUCAGGAGAUCAAAAUAUCAUGUACAGACAUCAGAACCAGAACCUUCAGAACCAGAGCCCUUAGAACCAGAACAGUCAGAAUCAGAACAACCAGAACCAGAACCUUCAGAACCAGAACACUCAGAACCAGAACCUUCAGAACCAGAACACUCAGAACCAGAACAGUCAGAACCAGAACAUUCAGAACCAGAACCCUUAGAACCAGAACCUUCAGAACCAGAACAGUCAGAACCAGAACAUUCAGAACCAGAACACUCAGAACCAGAACCCUUAGAACCAGAACCGUCAGAACCAGAACACUCAGAACCAGAACACUCAGAACCAGAACCCUUAGAACCAGAACCUUCAGAACCAGAACAAUCAGAACCGUCAGAACCAGAACCUUCAGAACCAGAACACUCAGAACCAGAACCUUCAGAACCAGAACACUCAGAACCAGAACCUUCAGAACCAGAACACUCAGAACCAGAACAACCAGAACAUUCAGAAUCAGAAUAUUCAGAAUCAGAACCUUCAGAACCAGAACACUCAGAACCAGAACCUUCAGAACCAGAACCCUUAGAACCAGAACAGUCAGAAUCAGAACACUCAGAACCAGAACCCUUAGAACCAGAACAGUCAGAACCAGAACCUUCAGAACCAGAACAUUCAGAACCAGAACACUCAGAACCAGAACCCUUAGAACCAGAACCUUCAGAACCAGAACCCUUAGAACCAGAACAGUCAGAAUCAGAACACUCAGAACCAGAACCCUUAGAACCAGAACAGUCUGAACCAGAACCUUCAGAACCAGAACAGUCGGUCAGCGUAGUGGAUCAUCUCGCUCUCCUGUAGAAGCUGCUCUUGGUUCUCCUGGUUCUGCCUCUCACUCAUGGAAACAUAGAGCUGGUCCAGGUUCUGACCUCAGACCCGUUUCUGUUCCAGGCUGACCUCGGACAGAGGACUUCCUGCUCUGCGGACUCUGUUUGAUGACGUUCAUUUUAAAGGAAAAGGCUGCGAGGUAAGAACUCCUGGACCUGGACCUCCUGAGGAGGUCUCUGAGAAUCCAAAGAUCCGGUCCUCCACCAGGACCGGACUUUGUGUUUUACAGUCCUCCUGGACCUUGUCUGUUCGUGGUCUCUCCAGGCCGAGGACCUUCGGCUGCUGAUCCAGAGGAUGGAGAACUGGGCCCACAGGUUGUUCCCAAAGAUGCAGUUUGAGGACUUUCUGGACCGAGUGGAGAAGCUCGGGAACAAGAAGGAGGUGCAGGUGGGCUGAAACCGGACCCUGAAGUCCUCUGUGAUUCUGGUUCCGUCUGUAUUUAUGUCCUCUCUGUCUUUGUAGACCUGUCUGAAACGGAUCCGGCUGGACAUGCCGCUGACCCACGAGGACUUCACAGGUAAAGACGAUUCCAGAAGAAGUUCGUGAAGAGACGAGAACCAGAACCGGAGACCCUCUUCAGUCUGGAACCUUCUCAGCUUCUCUUCUGAAGAUCUUUGUCUUUCAGGUGAAGAGGAACCGCCCCCUGAACCUCACGUCUUUGGAGAUCUGGAUCCUUUUAACGCCACGGCGUUCCCCGCUGACCUGAUCCACUCCACUCCAGCUCCUCCUGCUCAGCCUCCUCCUUCCACCUCCCCCGUCUCCUCCCUGACAGAGGAGCAGCACAGACGCAUGGAGCUGAACCGACAGAGAGCCCUGGAGAGAAAGCUGGCUCGCCAGCAGCAGAGAACAGGUGGGAGGAGCUACGACGACCAGCUGACGACAGUUUGAUGUUUUUAUGACAAACGUUAUUUCUUCAUGAAGAAUCUCCUCAAACACGGAUGUCCUGUCAGAUCACGACGUCCUCCCAGCAGAACCGCUCUGAUUGGCUGAGAAAUUCUCGCCAACGUCACAGACGCUCAAAUUCAUCAAAACGGGUUUAAGGUCGAAAAAAAUCCAAGAAUUCAGAAGGUCGAAAUUCACCAAACUCACCGCACACUUCAGAAAUACAGUGUUUGAUUCAAAUGAUCAAUAAUCAAUGAUCACUAAUCAAUGAUCACUAAUCAAUAAUCACUAAUUAAUGAUCGCUAAUCAAUGAUCACUAAUCAAUGAUCACUAACCAAUGAUCGCUAAUCAUUGAUCGCUAAUCAAUGAUCACUAACCAGUGAUCACUAAUCAUUGAUCACUAACCAACGAUCACUUACCAAUAAUCACUUAUCAUUGAUCACUAAUCAAUGAUCACUAACCAAUAAUCACUAAUCAUUGAUCACUAAUCAUUGAUCACUGAUCGAUCUGAAAAGGUUCCGGCGUCUCUUCGUCUCACUCUGGUCUUUUUUUUUUUUUGUCUUUUUAUUCAAAAAAUAUUUUUUGUCUCAAAAAUAAAAAUAAAAAAAAUUGAUUCAAAGUUUCUUAAUCGAACUCUGAUCAAUAAAAACGACGUUUAGAUUCUUUAUUUCAAACCGUUUCCCUGAGACCGUCUCACCCGGCGCCUCUGCACAGAACCUGAGUCUGAAGGUUCUGACUGCUGGACCCCGGACCCGGACUCAGUUUAAAGUUCAGAUGAAGACUCAGCCGACCUCGUCUCUCUGUUUCCCUCUGAACGCUGACGUUUGUUUUCUUUCUCCUCCCAUCAGAUCCUUCAGACUCUCAGACCCUCGACUCCUCCUCCACCUCCUCCUCCAUGCCAGUGGAUGAUCUCACAUCUGUGUCCUCUGCAAACAACCUCGACUCCUCUAAAGCUCAGGAUGAGCAGGAGGAUUUGGAUUUGGAGCAGCGAGAACAGCUGGACGAGCUUCAAGAAAAAAGAGACGCUGAACCGUCUGCAGAAGCAGCUCAGAGCGAGAGAGACGAGGAGGAGGAGGAGGAGAGACGAGCGUCAGAGGAGAGGAGCGGUCAGGAGAGGAGUGAGGAUGGAGACGAAUCAAACUGA